AUGGUACAAGCGCGAUUGUUAUUCGCAAUUGCUCUACAUGCACGAGGUGAAGCGAUGGACGCCACAGGGAUGAUGCAGGCAGCCGUCAAUUUGGCCAUUGAACUUGGAAUGAAUCUCAGAAACUUCGCAACAGCACAUGGCAAUGGCAAUGCCAUUCUAGAGGAAAGUCUUCGAAGGACGUGGUGGGAGCUCUAUGUCAUGGACGGCUAUCUAGCGGCUCUUCAUAAGCUUCCAUCGUUCAGAAGUAACACUGUCCGUUCAGAAGUUUUGCUUCCGUGUGAAGAGACGGUAUAUGCGAGUGCUGGUUGCCUACCACAGCCAUCCUCUCUCGAACAGUUUGAUAUGCGGUUGUUUGCAGACGAGGAUAUACACUUCUCAUCAUUCGCUUACCGUAUCGAAGCUGCUCGAAUACUCGCUAGAGUUUUGUCGGUCGCAGCAAGUCAGAAUGAAGACCAGGUCCAAGUGGUCGACAACGCAUUGGCUGGCUGGAUGCACGGCUUGCCACAGGAUAAAGCGGAUGUCGUCAAUGUCUACAACAUGGUCGACGAGGUGCUUUUCCAAGGCCACAUGAUCAUCCACUGCGCUACGAUAUAUCUGCAUCUUCCCAGGAGCGACCUGCUUAACACACUGCCAGUCACCGCGAACAUUGUAUGCGCGGAGAGAGGUAGACAUAUGGCGCCUGCAUCUACACAGCGCUCCCACUCCGUCAAGGCAACCAAUGCAUCAAAGGAACUCUCCAACUUAGCCGCCGUCCGCGUUCCAGUACAGAAGCAUACUCCAUUCUUCGUCUGUGGACUUGUCCUCGGCGCCAUCGUACAGUUGUCCGCCUGUAGUGCCAAUGCAGGUACAGAACAGCACCGUGACAGAGUCACUCUGAUCAUCGGACUGCUCAAAUCGCUGAGUCGAAACUGGGCCAUCUCGGGACAUGUGCUCGUACAAGUCAAGAAGGUAGCAUCAGAAGUGUUGCGUACAAGCACUCUUGCCACGUCGGCCAGUGUUGGUAAUCAACAGAACGGUACAGACUACGACAGUGGUAUCAGUAUGCAGAACAGCCCCGACAACACUUCGUGGCUUUCGAUGUUGAAUAUGGUCGAAAACCAGGAAUUCCAUGGCCUCAUGCACGCCGAACCAAUCUAUCCUGGCUCGGUCUAG